CCGAAGGUAUCCCGGGAACGCGCCGCUCGCGUCGCCCGCGCGCUGCAGAUCCAGGAAGCGGAACGAAUGAAGUUCAUUUCUCACAGCUGGUGAUGGCGGAUGCUGUCGAAAUAGAGACCAUGAAGAAUUAUAACAUAGCGUUUGAGAGGAUAGACCCGAGCAUUAGCCGCUACCCCUACUGUAUUGUAUGGACGCCAAUCCCCGUGCUAUCAUGGCUGUUUCCAUUCAUUGGCCACAUGGGCAUCUGCACCUCCUCUGGAGUGAUCCGGGAUUUUGCAGGUCCAUACUUUGUCUCAGAGGACAACAUGGCGUUUGGAAGACCGACGAAGUACUGGAUGUUAGACGUCAGUAAAGUGUAUGCCAGUGGAUCUAAUGCGUGGGACACUGCAGUUCACAACGCAUCAGAAGAGUACAAACAGAGAAUGCACAACCUUUGCUGUGACAACUGUCACUCGCAUGUGGCCAUGGCCCUCAACCUGAUGUGCUAUGAUAACAGCACCUCAUGGAACAUGGUGAACCUCUGCCUGCUGGCACUCAUUCAUGGCAAACACGUCAGUUGUGUAGGCUUCCUGAAGACCUGGCUGCCUUUCUGCAUCUUGACCAGUGUCCUCUUGGCUGUGACUCUGUCUCUAAACCUGCGAUGACCCAGCGGGGUCACAUAGAGGUGAACAGUGCCCAUAGGAGACCCGUCGCUCCAGCUCCAGCGGGACUCCAGUGAAGGUCAACUUGACGUCCAGCUCUUCAAAGUGCAGAGGACCUCAACAUCAAAAAUCAAACGCUAGACCUCUUCGUCGUAGGGUAGAGACAGCAAAUACACCAUGGCUUGAACGUCUCGUGGUGAUGUACGAAACGCUAUUUCGUACGAAACGUCUUAUAUUUUAAAUAUAACUUGAAUAUGAAUUUCUCAUGAUGCUAGGUUCUUUCUGAGGAGAUAGUUUAUUGCAGAAGCAAUGCUUUAUAUAUUGAGAGAUUCUGGAAGAUGGAUAAAAAACGUAUUUAAAUGAAUACUUUUCAUAUUUAGUUUCUUUUAAGAGUACCCUUUUAGUCAUUUUAUUGGCAAGGCUAACCAUCAAUAUAAAUGGCUUUUAAUAUUGUAGCUUGGCAUGUUUUAAAGUCUAAAUGUUUUUAUACAAAAAUCAAAUUAACAUAUAGCAUUCAAAAAUUGCUAGUUAAUUAAUAAGCACAUCUUGUUUGCAUUAUGUAUUUGAAAGCAUUAUUUGCAUUGCCUGGCCAGCUAUAUUGCAUAAGUUAUAGUAUUAAUGAAUUUUCUUUUUUAUGGCACAAACCAUUAUGAAAUCCCAUUCAAAAGUGACAGGAUUUGAUUUUAUCCAUUGGGAAUUGAUUGAGUCUGGAAAAAAGCAUGCAUUCCAUAGCAGAACAGACCAGACAUGAAUGAAGUUUAAGUGGCUUUGGUUAAUUUGAGGAACGUUUAUGAAGACAGACAUUUAGUUACAAAUGUUAACAUGCACUAACAAAUCCUGCACAGUAAGACCAGGAAUGAAGGAGAGUAAAUGAGUUGAUAAUGUUGCCUUUGAUAAAUCUUUGUUUUCCUGAGAAUCACUUGAGUCACUUUUCAGGGGUUUCAGGUGUUCUCUUUGAAGGUUUUACUCUUUCAAUGCUUCCAAUGUCUGUUUUCAUAAGAAAUAUCAAAGGUAUUUUGUUAUAUUGACUGUUGACUUGGUAUAAUGGCACAGUAUGCACAGUCUAACAUUCAUAUCACAUAUAAAAAUAAUAACAUGAUCUAUGUUCCAUGUGAGGUCCAGGAGCUGUAUAAUGCUUAUUAAACAAAUUAAGCCAGAACACUGAAAUCUGUCAAGCACACGUCCAGGUUAUUAUUUCAACCCAAAAUCAAAAAGAUUUUUUAAGAAAAUGAAGCCUGUUUUAUAUUAUAUUUUACAUGUGAAAUUGUUUUUAUGGCAAUUAUGCACAUUUCCUACUGUAAGAAAAAUAUUUAUUAAUGAAUUGUAUUAAUAUUAUUAUAUUUUAUUUACAAAUUGAAAAAAAAAUACUUAAAAUUUACAGUAAAAAAUGGCAGCUGUGGUUGCCAGAAUUUUACCGUAACAAAUAAAGUAGUAACAGCCUUUAUAUACCCUUAUAUACAAAACUGAUAAGAAAAAACUAUGAAGACACGUAGUUAUUUCAACAAAGAAGCAUCAGAUUUGAAAUGUAACGCAGGGAAUUCUGGGAAUGUUAACUUACGGUUGUUCACUGUAAAUUAUAUGGUCUUUUUCACUUCCAAAAACGGUAUACUACUGUAAAAUUACAUGUAAUGUCCAAUACAGUUUUUCAUCGUAUAUAGUAGGGGAAAUUAACGUUAACCAUUUAGCAGGUUUUUACUGUAGCAGUACAGUAACUUUUACCGUUAAAGUGAUUUUUUACAGUGUACAUCACAGCAGUAUUUGUAGCACUACUUUUAUUUUAUUUCUUCCAACAACAGUAAAAACUAUGUUAAAGUAAGAAAAUUUUGGAGAAAAAUGUUAAACUGUCACAGAAAUCUUAACAGACUUUGAUUUCUUGAUGCAAACUAUAUUUUUUUUUCCUUCUGAAAUGAGGUGUAAAUAUGGUCUGUAUUUUGAAUUGAUUAAUCGGUGUAUAAUUAGGAAGAAAAUUAAAUCAAAUUAAAUUAAAUCUGAGAUCAUAAUUUGCUCUUAAAAAAAUAUUACAGUAUUUUUAUUGUAAUAAAAGUGAAACCUGUAUUAAGCAAAUUAAAAUCAAAAUGAAUGUUUUCAUUACAUACAAAUUUGUAUUAUCUUAAAAACAGGCUUUAUUUUCUUUAUGCAAAAUCUAUUUUUGUUUGCCUCUGAUUUCACUUGGAUCUGAUUGGUGAAUAAUCAGGAAGAAAAGCAAUCCCAAAGUCAAACUGGGUGAAAUCAAACCUUCAUUACUGUAAUCCAGAGCACAGAAAUCCUUUCCGUACAUCUGUUUUCAUUUCUGAGCGUUUAGUUUCAAACACUGAUCGAAUCCUGCCGUAAUCCUGGACACCAAACCUGUCUCCAUGGUGCCUGUGUGAUCAAAUCCCCUCUUUGUUUCAUGUCAAAGAGAAAAAAUCACUCAACCCCCCUCUUACCUAUUGCCCUCUUCUCACAUUUUUCUUUUCUCUUCUCACACUCCCUCUGUCUUUGGAAGUAUUGCCAAGAGCAGCAGGUAGCCGAGCCGAGUGUGUUUCGUGUCGUGUGAGUGUGUGUGUGUGUGUGUGUGUGUGUGUGUGGCCCCUGCUGGUCCUGGUUAGAGCUGAUCACAUUAGAGUCUGUGUGAAGUGUGACGUUCAUACUGACGGCUUUCCUGUCUUCAGAGAUGUGAACCAGUGGAUCAGAAGCACAUUCGACUCUUUAGGUCCUCACAGCAGCCCAGCGGUUCCCAUUUCCUGUCUGUAAUCUCUAAAUGCUCAUGGCAUUCCUCAGCUUUAUACUCUUAUCAAAACAUUCAUCCAUUCAAACAUUUUCCAAAAACAUGGAAAAUGGGAAACAAAACAGGGCCUGAAAAUAUUUGAUCCCCUGCUGAUUUUGUAAGUUUGCUCUCUUAGAAAGAAAUGAAGCAACUGUGAUUUUUAUGGUAGGUUUAUUUUAACGUAUAAAGACAAAAUAUCAACCAAAAAAAAAAUAGAUUUGCAUUUCAGUGAGUUGAAAUCGAGUUACCCUAUUCAUGGAAAGUGCCAGUUAAUAUUUUCAUUUAUUUCUGGCAUUUACACAUUUCUGUUUCUGUCUGUUAGCUGAUUCCAAACUUGCAUGUGCGUAAAAAUGAGUGCAAUCGUUUUGCUCUCACGCACUGCUAAGCUUGUCAUUGUGUCAACUUUGCACAACUACAAACAAACGUUUAAUAUUUAUAGUGUCACUUCAUACCUUUUGCAGCUGUAUUAGUGUGUUGUGCAUGUGUCUGAUACAGAGAAAGUCUAAAGUGAUUUUGAUGGUUGGUAUUGAAAUAAUCGAAUGCUAAUAACCAAGUGCAUAUUUUACGAUGACGUUUUUAAAUGCUAUAUUUUGCCUAGAGAACUGGCCGUGUGUGUGUGUGUGUGUGUGUACUGUAUGUGUGAGGUAAUGCCUGCUUGACUAGAUGCAUUGUUUACAAUGGCUGCUGAGUGUUAGAUAAAUAUGAGUAUAACAGAAUGUUUUUGGUUUAGAUAUUUUAGAAUAACGCCAAUCAUUCAGUAGAGCUCAUGGAACAACAGGGUGAAAACACCUAAGGCCUUUCUUACUCCAAAUGAGUGACUGGGUAGUUUUAUAUUCACAAGGCAAUACGCUUCUGUGCUAAUCUGUAAUACAGUAAUGUGAAGAUAGAUGACUGUGCUUCAUCUAAUUUAUUUUUAGAAAUUGGUAUUGGUCUUCCAUUGUCUUUUCCUUUCUUUUUUUCUCCCAAGAACCCAAUAACGGUCAUUUGAAAUCGAGUUAAUGAGUUUGCACAAUAUAUUUCCUCAUAGCCUGCGUCCAUAGUGAGAAAUGCUGGCAAAAGCCAAUAUACUGUCAUCAAAAACCAGUGAAAACAUAGAAUAAUCUUCAUAAUUAAUUAACAGUCCCCAAUGUUGCGUAACUAUCAAACUCCAAACCAAUUUUGCCAACAAUAUAAGUUAUGAUGGAUAAUGUUCAUGCAUUAUUGAUAUCAAUAAAAGAUGUUUACUAUUACAA